AUGACCCUUGAGCAUCGAGAAGAGACUGGGGCUCUCUACGCUGUCCCCCUUGCUUACCAGCUUGGAUCCCUUGGCAGAGUCCUUCUAGCUGAACUCACUGGGAAAGGCCCAGUGGUUCUGAGACGAGAGAACUUAACUGAGUUCCAUAAGGGGAGUUCCAAGAAGCUGCCCAUGUCCUCCUCUGCAGGCCAUGCCACGGGCUGUGGGUUCCAGGCUGGAAUCUUGACCAUGGAACUUUGAAGUAACUCUGCUUUCCAGAGCUCAGUGGUGGACCCCAGCACUCCAGGCCCUUUCUGCCUUUCUCACAGCCCUCUUUCAAGCUCCCAAAGGGAGGGGUGGGGAGAGGAUCCGCAUUUCCCUAGGUGGGGGUUUUCCAUCAUGAUGCUCAACUCCGACACCAUGGAGCUGGACCUGCCUCCCACCCACUCGGAGACUGAGUCGGGCUUUAGCGACUGUGGGGGCGGGCCGGGCCCGGAUGGUGCUGGCUCCGGGGAUCCGGGAGUGGGCCAGGUCCGGAGCUCGGAGCUCGGAGAGUCGGGCCGCAAAGACCUGCAGCACUUGAGUCGUGAGGAGCGCAGGCGCCGGCGCCGCGCCACGGCCAAGUACCGCACGGCACACGCUACGCGGGAGCGCAUCCGCGUGGAAGCCUUCAACCUGGCCUUCGCCGAGCUACGCAAGCUGCUGCCCACUCUGCCCCCGGACAAGAAGCUCUCCAAGAUUGAGAUCCUACGUCUGGCCAUCUGCUAUAUCUCCUAUCUGAACCAUGUGCUGGAUGUCUGAACUCAGCCUGCAUCCUGCCCUGGAUUCUUCCCCUUUCCCUGGGCCUCUCCAGAGCCCCCUGUCACCAUGCAUUACUUAGAAUGGCCGGCUUCUUUCCAUCCCAGAGGACCAGGCUCACAUCACUAGUCCUGAAGGCCACUUUGUUUUUACUGGCCCAGGAAUGUGAAGGGUGUUCUUUUGGGUUCCUUCAGAGAGUUGUUUGGGCCUAGCUGGUCAGAGUUGCUUGCCAGAGUGGUCAGAAUGGAGUCCUUGCUGGGUUUACUAAGUCUAGCCUCUACUCAGCUGCUGCCUUUUCUGCCCUAUGUCCAAGUUUUCAGAGACCCCAGGCCCCGAUUCUCACUCUUCUGGCAAUGGUGGGACUCAGCAUCAGAAACGGAAGGGGAACUGACUAGUGGCAGAGGUUGGAGGAGUGGCUUUCUAACUCCCUGACUUGUCUGUCCAUGCCUGAGGAGGCAGAGAGACGAGGGAGGUGACUCCUGGGUAGCCAGAGAUUAUAGAAAAAUUCUGCCUUUCUUUUGUCUCUCUUGAUCCUGAGGCUUAGGAUUUGCAGACCUAAGAUCUAACUUGGUAGUGAGUGCCUUGCCUUCUUGGAGCUGUCCGGCCACUCCCGGUCCCGUCCCACACCACCAUUCCAGAAUUCGCCCUUUCCCUGUGCCAUCUAGAAAAAGGAAAACCUCAGUCCUGGGAUAAGGAUGACAUCUCCAAACAGCCCAGGGCACCUUGCAGAAGGCUCAGACCCUGGGUGGGGCAGCUCUGCAGCAGCUGCUUCCAUCCCAGUGGACCCUUGAAAACAUGCAAACCCCAUUAGCUCCUCCCUCAGAUGCAAGGGGAUGUCUGCUACUGCCCUCUAUACAUGCUGUAGGGCCUUCUUACUACGUUCCCCCCCUUUCCUUUCUUAAACUGCCAUGGAAAGGAAGGUGCCCCGCCCACGCUGCUGAGCCCCACCCACCUGCCCAUUGUAGCCUUGGGACAGGAGUCUAUGGGCCUUAGACUCCCUGUAGAUGAACUC